AUGAGCCCAGUCAGCGAUGUCGCGGACGGCGACACGGGUGAUCUCUUCCAGGACCCCGAGGACUUCUACCCUCCUACCCCCCCUCCCACCACGCAGUCCCACACGCUCUCAUCAGGCCGUGUGCUGACGCUGCACCUCGUCGGCUACUCGCCCACGGAGGCGCAUCACCUCUGGAACGGCAGCCGCAUCGUAUCAGACUACUUCGAGGCGGAGCCGUCGCGGAUCAAGGGCAAGACGAUGCUCGAGCUCGGCGCGGGCGCGGGGCUGCCGUCCCUGACCGCCGGUAUCCUCGGCGCGAAGAAGGUCGUCGUGACGGAUUUCCCGGACGCGGACAUUGUCCAGACGAUGCACAAGAACGUCGACGAGGCAGGGGACCUGGAGGGCGUCGUCGUGCCGCUCGGGUACGUGUGGGGGGCGGACGUCGCGCCUCUGCUGAAGGAGCUGCCCGACGGGGCGGACGAGAAGUUCGACGUGCUCGUGUUGGCGGAUCUGCUGUUCAGGCACUCGGAGCACGGCAAGCUGGUCGACACGAUCUGGGAAGCGCUGUCGAGGAAGAAGGAGAGCGUGGCGUACGUCUUCUUCACGAGUUACCGCCCCUGGCUGCGGCACAAGGACCUCGCAUUCUUCGACGUCGCGCGCGAGAGGGGCCUGGUGGUCGAGCAGGUGCUGGAGAAGAAGAUGGAGAAGCCGCUUUUCGAGGGCGACCCUGGAGAUGUCGAGGUCCAGAAGACUGUCAGCGGGUUCGAGGUGAGGUGGCCCGAGGAGCUGUUGGAGGGUUGA